CCCCUUCUGAUUUGGCCACGGCACAGAGUAGAGAGAGAGUACCUGCAAUUCCAGAUGGCAAGGCCAAUCAAAAUGGUGUGUGCGGAAUGCGGCGGCAGAAUUUCUGGCGCCUCUCUUAAUGAGGGGUCUGAAAAGCAAGAUUUGGGAGUUCAUAUCUUUUGAUUCGGCUAUGACAGAGAGAGUACCUGCAAUUCAAGAUGGCGAGGCCAAUCAAAAUGGUGUGUGCGAGAUGCAACGACCGCAUUUCUGGCGUCUCUCUUAAUAAGGGGUCUGAAAAAUCAAGAUUUGGGAGUCAUGAUAUCUUCUGAGGACGAUUUUCUGUCUCCAGCCAGUACUUUAUCACGUACAAAACAUCACAAGAUUGGCAAAGUUUUCAAUUUCGUGGGAAAGUGCAUUGCUGAAUUUCCCAGAUAUGGACAUCAAAAGGUUAAUUCUGCUUUUAUCUUGUGCAAUCCCAUCUCCAACUGAGACCAAGCGAGGAAAACAGAACCAGAACCUGGCGCUAAGCUUAAUGAAAGGAACAGGGAGAAGUGGUCCCGGGACCGGAUAGAGGCGAAUAAGAAUCCAAUUCCUUGCCACCAAAGGCACUCACCCCCCUAUCUAGUUCCCCCAUGUUGGUAAGCCCUGAACUAAUGUAUUCCAAGUCCGAGCCAAGGUGAUCAAUUGCUAGCUAAGCCCCACCAUAUUCUCUUUCUUUGUCUCUCUCCCAUUCCCGUGUCCCAGGGCACACCUAUCCAUGUUUUCACUUAUCUCCCUCCGCUCUAGGCUCCCAACAUUUGCAGCUGCCGAUGAUCCCUAAACCGCAGAAGCAGGUGGGCGUGGGCCAAACCCAACCUCGUGAGUGAGCCAGCACUCAUAAAGACGUAAGUAGAGACAGUGAUCCCUCGUCUCCCAGGUCAUCUUCUGCUGUUCCCGUUCCCAUCCAUCCGAAGGGGAGGUGCAUCUUCAUAUCAAUUGGUGGACCCGCAGCAAUUGGAGAAUCCCAGUGCAACCAAUUAUAUUUAGCUGCGGCAACAUUAAAUACAACAGAGAGGGGGCUUAGAGUUUGGUCAAGCUACAAAGGACGAUUGCCUUUGUUUGACAACUCCUCACUUCUCACAUCUAAUUUGGAGCUGCUAAAGAUGAGUUCUUUCUUCUUUACACCUGAAAGACCCCAUUUCUUCAAGGUCAUUACUGAAGAAACCCUUGAAACGGGGAUGCUUGAGAUACCAAAAAAGUUUGUGAUAAAGUAUGGAUGCAGCCUGCCGAACUCAGUGCUCCUUAGACUCCCAGAUGGUGCAGUUUGGCCUAUAGAAGUAUAUGAAAACAAUGAUGGUGUCUGGUUAGUUGAUGGUUGGAAGGAAUUCGCAGAUUUUUAUUCGCUGGGCUACGGGCACUUACUUGUAUUUCAACAUAAAGGAAGUAGCGAUUUCCAAGUAAUUAUAUUUGAUAACAGUGCCAUGGAGAUAAAGUAUCCAAAGUACAGUAAUGUCAUCAAAGAGGAGCCUGAAAGAUCUGUGGAUGAAGACUCUGUUGAAAUAGUGGAUCUGGAUGACUUUGAUACAAGCCAGAGGUCAAGAGAAAGGACACCAUUGAAAUCUCCUAAUCCUCAAUAUAGUGAGCCAAAGCUUGGAACUCCACGUUCUUCUUGCAAAAAAAUUGGAGAUGGUGGAGGCUCAUCUACUGGUGGGAUGGAAAAGUUUAAAGCUGGGAUCGUUAAGAAAAGGCUGGGGUUGACCUCCAAAGAAAAAGCUGAAGCUUUCCUGAGAGCUGAUUUUCAUUCUGAGAAUCCUUAUUUCAUGGUCGUGAUGCAGCCACGUUAUGUUUAUACCCAAUAUGAAUUGACUAUACCUAUAGAUUUUGCCAGAAGGCAUCUUGGGCCUAGCAAUACCAUCGACCUUGUUUCUGAUGAGAGAACUUGGCCUGCUAGAUACCACUGCUACCCAAAAUUAGAAAAGCCGAAGGCGACAAUCUGUUAUGGAUGGAGGAGCUUUGUGAAGGACAAUAAUAUCAAAGUCGGUGAUCUCUGUGUUUUUGAAUUGUUUAAGACCAGUCCAAUUUGUUUGGAGGUUUUUAUUUUCAGAGGUGAUUGACCCACAUCAUCAAGAAUCACUGGCUGCAAAGGUGAGCAGACGUUUGUGGAGGAUGUACUCUGUCGAUUUGAACUGUGAUUGCAUCGUAUGGUAGCUUUGUCUUCUUUCUGAACUGAGGCUAUGGGAGUGGUCGCAAUGUUGUUGAGACCAAAAAUAUCAUGGAGACUCUCAUGUUGUAGCUCAAUGUUAUGGUAACUAAAUGUCCUCUCUUAUUAAAUCUUACUAUCUAAGUGGUGCUUAUCAAAAUGUACUUGCA